CUUAAAGCGUCCCUGCUGUCACCAGAGCAUCAAACAUGGAGGUGGUCGCCGGUCUCCGCGGGUUCCUCAGGUCGCUGCUGCUGCUGCUGCUCUGCUCCGGCUGCCAGGCCAGAGACUCGGAGCUGGACUACGUGACCUGCGGCUCGCUGGUCAAACUGCUCAACACCAGACACAAGGUCCGCCUGCACUCGCAUGAUGUGAAGUACGGCUCAGGUAGUGGACAACAGUCUGUAACCGGAGUGGAGAACGCCGACGACGCCAACAGUUACUGGCAGAUCCGGGGGAAGCCCCACCAGCCCUGCCAGCGCGGUCUGGCCAUCAAGUGUGGGCAGGCCAUCCGCAUCACGCACAUGAAGACCGGCCGGAACCUGCACACACACCACUUCAGCUCCCCCCUGUCCAGCAACCAGGAGGUCAGUGCCUUCGGAGAGAACGGCGAGGGCGAUGAUCUGGACGUGUGGACGGUUCAGUGCGACGGCGAUCACUGGGAGCGUGACGAGGACGUGCGCUUCAAACACGUGGGCACCGACAUCUUCCUCAGCAUCACGGGCGAACAGUUCGGCCACCCCAUCCGGGGCCAGCGGGAAGUGCACGGCAUGAGCGCUCCCAACCAGCACAACUGGUGGCGCGCCAUGGAGGGCGUGUUCAUCCAGCCCAGCCAGGAGCCGCUGCGCCACGACGAGCUCUGACCUCUCCAGCAGACACGUCUCCAGCAGACAACGCUCUGGCCUGGCCUGGUUUUACUCUCCCUGGGGAUCUCUUUCUCUUUUUUGUUCUGGAACACGAGGAGGAUAAGCAUUGGACUUUUGAUGGAGUUUUAUUGGAAUGUGAUUAGUUGUGCUACAUAUGGUGAAUCCUCAGAUUUAAGUAGGGUCAGAAUGUAGAAUCCAUCCCCACAUGAACACGUGCUGUGCUGGCAGGCCAGAAUUCACUCUUGGAAUCUGACUCUUUUUGUUCAGAAAUGCACAUUAUUAUCAUUUUAAAUGCACCAAGCUUGUGUCCCUUGUAAAACCUUGAACGCUUGAUGAUUUGCAACAGAAAUGCAUUUAAGGUGGGAAAUUGUUCAUAUUUAUUGCAUUUUUUUUUAAAAAAGGGGAAAAACUGAUAACACUUCAGAUCUCAAGAGGGAAACCAGUGGGGCUGGAUCUGUACACUGAUAUGGACCGGGUAAUGUUUGGAAUGAAAGAAUGUUGUUUGGAAAAUAAAAUGAUUACCUUUUAAACUGAAA